GCGAAAGAGUUGCGUAGUAUUUGUGUGAGUAGGUAAACUCAUUCUGAGAGUUGGCAGUGUGUUGCGGUGCCGAAUUCCACGGAACUUUGAAAGAAGAGAGAGACUCCUUUAUGGAGAGCCUUUAUGGCCACGUGAGAAAAACUGGGAAAGACAGAAGACAUUCCACUUACCGCUUUCGCUAAAAACAGAAAAGAAAAGGGUGAAUGUUUUGGUGUGAUAAUCUGGACUAUUACGUAAGACCUGUUUGUUGUCGUUCUACGGGGAACUUGCCAACGGAGAGAGAGAGAAACUUUAUCGAAUCUUUUGAAAGUUCUCGAGACCUCUGAAGCUGGCCUGUGACUUUCCAUCAGAGAAAAGCGCUUACCUGCCGUCUUUGGUUGUAUCAGUAUUUGUCAAGAAUGCGAAACUGAUCUUCUAGCGAGGAUGUAGAGAGCGAAAGAUUUCCUUUGCACCCCACGCUGCCUCUCUGGCAAGGCCAGCAUCAUGUGCCGCUCCCCCAGCGAUGGCGUUGCGUCUACGGAGUGGACGUAACGUCUAGCCAGCCAGUCUCCUGCCAGAUUUUCUCUGACGUCACACGUCGUGCGACCAAUCGGAGUUAGUCUACUGACCCAACCCACACCCGAGACUGUUACCAGUAUAAAUACUGGGGGAAGUGCUGGUCCAUUCAGUCAGUGUCCUAGUGGCGUACUAAGGAAUAAAACGAUUGUGAUUAAGUGAGAAUUUUAGCAGGACUAUUGCCUACAUUACUUUACAUCCUGCUUGACCAAGCACUUCGUGUUAUUCAGAAACUCUUCAGUUGAAAUCUCGUUAGUGACUUGUACUGAACACAAGCUCCCAUUCGAGGGCUCCUGGAGACGCGUACAAAAGAUAUUCGGAACAGUCGACGAGACCCAAAGUACAACUAAGAAACUAACAAUGUGUUUCACCAAAAUGAACGGACCACAAGUAGAAAUCAACGGGGUCGCUACCCUAUGCUUCAACGAAGACGGCACGUGGUUCCAAGGUUCGAUAACCACCGACGAUGACUGUCAAUUUGUGAUUUAUGGUACGAAGUCGGCCAGAAGACGAAUGGGACAAGAGCAGUCAUCCUCGUCUGAUCAUUGCGGAUGUUCCCCAAUUGAAGAGGGUCCAGGUGUUCCAGUAACAUUCGACAUCCGUGUUGUGGACUGCGAAGUGGGAGAAGAGUAUUCCCUCAAGAGAGUGCACGGCAGGAAUGGUGAACUUUGCACUUUCUCCUGCUCAUCCAUCAACUUCACUACUGAAAACGUCUACAGAGGUCAGAAGGCCGACCUGAUUUCCAAGCACUGUUUAGGUCACAAGAUGGCUGGAAAGAGGACUCAUGUUUACCGCGGACCGAUCAGGCUCAACUGCGUCGCCACCCCCCGCAAUUUCCACUGGGUCAUGUGAGGGCGGAAAGUUUUCGCCUUUCACGAUGUCGCAAAAUCCCCGUAAGUGCAUUUCCUUGUCUCGGGACCAAUGCGAGCUGAUGAAGCUCCAACACUACUAGAUGACUAGUGGUGCCGCUGCCACGCUUCGCUGAUUUCUAGUGGAGAGUGACCUCUCCUGACCUGACUUCUUCAGUCCUGCAGGAGUGUAUUCAUUCCAAGCCUUUCUUUUUCCCUUAUUGCUCAUGAAAGCUCAGGGGGCGGCCCCAGAGACAUUCGUUAGCGAGCCCAGUCGACGAUGGUCCUUUUUGACAAAAGGGAUCCUGUACUUCUGUGACAGGCAAAGUUUUCAGUGAAUGCGUUAACCUGUAGCCAGCUAUGGGUGUAUGUGCAACGUUAUAGGUUUGGGGAGAAACUCUAAUGGUUGUGCAUACACAAUUAAUGUCAUUAAAUCCUGUUGCAUUUGCCAGAAAACAAGACAGAUGAGAAGGAAAGGGCCUGGUUUCACUUGGGAGGACGACCUCCAAGGAAAUGGGCUGUUCUAACCCAUAUCAAUGUCAUUUGCUUUCUCUAAAACCUGGCGCAUUUUAAAGUCACUUUAUAUAUUUUGUCUCGUCGAGAGAAGUUGAAUGUUGGCAUGGUGGCUUCCUGUUUUAAGCUGAAUUCAUUCAAAUGCCGUGUUUAUUCAGUUGUUAGGGAACAAUGAAUGAUCACAUUCUUUGCCGUUUUAGUAUUAAUUCAAAUGUAUAUUGAAAAGUUAUGAGUAUGAUCGCAUGUGCAUGCACGAAUAUCAUUAAAUGACCUUAUAGAA